GUGGGACUCAACCUCUUGUUUGGAUUCCAAUAAUAUCUCUUGUCAUUUCACAUAGUUACCCACCCUCUAUUAAAUAUAGUUACCUUUUUAGCACAGAGGCUAUCAUCUGUGGGCACAUUGUGAUCGGCACCCGCAGUACCAUUCUGACCACCCUCUACACAGAGUAG